AUGUUUAGUAUGAUGUCAUCAGAUUUGAAAAUUGAUUAUACAAGUAAGUGGUAUUACAUUAACAACAUGUAUUUUAUCCUACAAAAUGAUAAAAUUUAUAGAUCAUCUUCAAUAUCACAAGGUCAAUUUGAACAAAUUUUUCAAGCUGAUGGAGACAUUGAAGCUUUAUGUUAUGGAUCAAAUGUUUAUGUUCUCGUUUCAAGUAGAAUGGUCUAUUCAUAUCCUGUAAGUUAUAACAGACAUAUUUAUUUAUCACAGGAUUUAUCAAAUUGGGAAUUGGUUUAUUCAUUCACUCCAAAAUUUACUCGAAAUUAUAGAUUUACAAAUUUAUUUUAUAUUGAUGGGUAUUUCAUUGCUUUAGGAUGUGGUGAUUUAGUAAAUAUCAGUAGUGAUGGAAGAAACUGGUCUGAAAUCACAAAAUUUCAAGAUGUUAGAAAAGCAAUUUUCAAAAAUAAUACGUUAAUAUUGAUAACAAGACCGGUUUUAAAUACUCACCAAUAUUCAAUAUUAUAUAAUAAAUUCAAUAUUCAUAAUGGAUUUAAUACAAUUCUUGAGAUGAUUUACCCCAUUGGUUCUUUAUAUACAUCAAUGAACUCAACAAAUCCGGCAAGUGUUUUAGGUUUUGGUGCAUGGAAGCAGAUUGUAGACAAAUUCUUAUACUGUGCUAACUCUUCAAAGCAAACAGGAGGUUCGAAGAAAAUUAAAGAAGCAAACCUUCCACCGCACACUCAUACAGGAACUACAAACACAACAGGUAAUCAUUCACAUUCAAUAACAAAAAGAGGUUAUAUAAAUCUUGCAGCGGGUUCGGAUAGAUGGGGAAUGAAUAGAUAUGAUAUCACAACUGACCCAGUAGAUUCAAGCGCAGGUAUUUUCUGUGGAACCGCAGGAAAUCAUUCACACACUUUCACAACAAAUCCAACAGGCUCGGGUGAAGAUUAUAUGCCUCCAUUUAUGACUGUAUUUGCAUGGUACCGAGUUCAAUAA